AUGACGAUCAGCAAUGCGACCUACGGACCACGUCCGCAGUCGUUCACAAUGGACGAUUCCGGGGAGCGUUAUUAUAUCGGAUCAGAGAUUGGCGCAUAUCUUCGGCUUCACCGUGGUACACUUUACAAGAAAUAUCCUGUGCUAUGGAGAAAAGUUGCUACACAAGAAGACAAAGAGAAACUGCGUCAAAUAGCACUUUCACAAGCUUUCAUGCACACAAAUAUAAUGUUGGUGAAAGCGCACGAAAUCGAUGAGUUGUUAGCCGGACAGGAGGAAAAAUAUCGGGCAGCUGGAUCGACUCCAUCAAUACCGCGUGUUGAUUCUGGUGUUGCAAAAAGUAAUAAACCCAACGUGCCGGCUGGUUGGAUGGGGCAACAAGUGAGUAGCGGAUCACAUCACUUGGAGUCCGUUCCGUGUUCGUGCCCGCUGGCUCAUGCUCGUGGCCGGGUGAAACCACGUGAGCUCGCAUACAGUGCUGAAGAUCUAGAACAAGCAAAAAGAGUUGCUGAAAACGGCGAGCAGCCGGAGGAGCUGGUCCCAAUCCGUUUGGAUAUGGAAUUGGAUGGAGUGAAAUUGCGUGACACGUUCUGCUACAAUAAAAACGAAAAGCUGAUCACACCGGAUUUGGUUGCUGAAAUGAUGUGUGAGGAUUUGGAUCUGCCGACAAGCACGUUCCAACCUGCCAUUGCCUCAGCUAUUUACCAGCAGCUUGAAGCCGCUGCUGAAGCCCCUCCAUUGGACCCAAAUGUUACCGACCAACGAGCUAUUAUGAAAUUGAACAUAAACGUUGGGAAUCAAAGCCUUGUAGAUCAAUUUGAAUGGGAUAUGUCCGAUCCUAACAAUAGCCCGGAAGAAUUUGCACGAAGUCUUUGUGCUGAACUUGGGCUUGGUGGGGAGUUCACAUCUGCGAUCGCGUACUCGAUCCGUGGUCAGCUGCAGUGGAAUCAAAGGACGUACGCGUUUUCGGAAAGCCCACAACCUACUGUGGAAUGUACCUUCAGAAAUCCUUCCGAAGCCGAAACGUGGGGACCAUUCUUGGAGACACUUACUGAUGCAGAAAUAGAGAAAAAGAUGCGCGACCAGGAUAGAAAUACUCGGCGAAUGCGUCGCCUCGUUGGCGGCGGUUUCAAUUUUUAA